CCCACUGCACUGCAAGUCACAGGGACGUAUGUACAUGUACACGUACAUGUUGUAUACAUUGAUUGGCUUGACUUCUGCUCCGGAAGGAAGGCAGGCUCAAACUGAGACUCAGAGACCCUACCAAGGGAGAGACAGAGUGGUGAGGACCGUGUACACGCCCAAGGAGGGACAUGUCCCAUUUCAUAUUGCAUGCCACUGGUCGUCCGCCCGGACUGCUCCGGCUGCCACUCACUGUUUGUCUCCCAGGGCCGGUCAGUCCCCACCGACUGGUGAAGGCAAGAGUGGCUGCUCGAUUGGACCCGGGUCUGGUCCAAGACCGUGGUCCUUCGUUGCUCGCCGGCAUUCAACGACGAGGCCUUCAAUGUCCGUCCAGGGGGGUUUUCAGUUCCGGCCGUCCAGGUUCUGACACGCCCGCACCCGUGGAGCCCGAUGCCACAGCGAAUCAGACCCUACAAGUGGGCUUUAAAGAAAAAGCCAAAGAGAACGUGAAGACGGCCACCUACGGCAGUGUGAUCGUAAUCGGAGUGGGCAUUACGGCUGUGGUCUUGUACACCGUGUUCAGCGAGCUCUUUUCCUCCAGUUCACCCGUCAAGCUUUUUCAAAUGGCCUCGGAAAAAUGCGUCCAACAUCCACGGGUGCAAGACCUAUUGGGUGAGCCCAUCAAAGCCUUUGGUGAGGAAACCCGUCGAGGUCGACGAAGGCACGUCAGCCAUGUUGAGUAUGUAGAUAAGGAAGGACGGAAAGGUAUCCGGGUUCAGUUCUAUUUGCAAGGACUCAGGAAACGGGGCACGGCCCAGAUUGAUGCCCGAGAGGAUGAGUCAGGCUCCAUGAAGACCAGGUUUAUCAUUGUCACGGCAGAUGACUUGUUAGCAACAUCGGUCGUGGUUGAGGACAAUCGAUAGAUCACUAAACCGUAAAAACCAGGCAUGAAAUUACAUCCAAUGCCAUCAUCGGAAUUAUACAUCCUGUAACUUAACCAGACGUGGGAAUAUAUCAAGAACCCUAUUAUUGUG